CAUUCAUUAUUCUUGCAGGGACCCCAAGAAGUUCUCUUCCAUUGACCCAGAUCAUUGACCAAGCUUGUCAAGAGGCAGAAACUUACAAGGAUGCUGGAGUUGAUGGUUUGAUAGUGGAGAUCUACACGGUGUGUCCUGGGCCAGAAGUCACUGCAGCAAUGACAGUAGUGAGUGCUGCAGUGAGACAGAGCUGUCCCCAUCUCCCUCUGGGUGUGCAGGUCCUGUGUGCUGCAAAUCAACAGGCAAUAGCAGUUGCUCUUGCUGCAGAUCUUGAUUUUAUCCGGGCUGAGGGGUUUGUGUUUUCUCAUGUGGCUGAUGAAGGGAUUAUAAAUGCCUGUGCAGGUGACCUGCUACGGUACAGAAAACAAGUUGGAGCAGAGAACAUUCAGAUUUUCGCCGAUAUUAAGAAGAAACAUAGUGCUCAUGCCCUGACAGCUGAUGUCAGCGUGGCCCAGACGGCAGAGGCUGCACAGCUUUUCCUGGCUGAUGCCGUGGUGCUCUCCGGCACCGCGACCGGACUGCCCACCGACCCCCGGGAGCUGCAGGAGGUUAAGCAUGCUGUGAAGAUUCCUGUGCUGAUUGGGUCUGGAGUGACUCUGGAGAACGUGAGGAAUUACUUGGAUGCAAAUGCUCUAAUAAUUGGUUCGUAUUUCAAGAAAGAAGGUUACUGGGCAAAUGCUGUUGAUCCUGACCGAGUAAAGAAGUUUAUGGAACACAUAAGGAAACUGAGGGAAUGA